UAAUAGGAAUGGAGUCUGUGGGUCUCUCCCUGCUGCUGUGCGUCGCGGGGCCGCCGUGCCCGGGGAGCGGAUGAGUUCGUGCGGGGCGGCGGGUUGAGACAGCACCGCGAGUGCGGAGCUCCGGAGAUUCCGUUCCGCGGAGCGCUGCCCGCCGAGGAGCGGCUGAGCCCCGGCACUGCCCGGCUCGAUACGGCCCGGCAGGGGCAAAGAAGUCGCGAUGGGGGCAGCGAAAUGCCGGGGCCGUAACCCAGGGCUCGGGCUGCGGGUGCGGAGGGGCCGCUGUGGUCCCCGGGGAAGCGACGCGCGUGGGGCCGACACACGACUGCAGGGUCGGAGCGGGCAGCGUUGCAGUGAUUCUUCCCCUAAACUACAAAAGCAACCCCUGUUUGUGGGCUGAGCCGGCCUCCCCUCAGCGCCUCCGCUCCGUGUUCCGGACGGGAGGAGAAUAAGGCCAGGCGGCCCUUCUGCCCCCACCCGCUAUGCUCUGUUCCAGCGCGUUCUGUACGAUGCUGCGGGAGGGCGGGGGCGGUUGGAGGAUUGGGCCCAGGCCCGGUGCUUCCGCACCCCUGGGCCGCGGGGAAGAGCUGAGGGAAUGGACGCUUUCCCUUCCCCUCCCUUGGUGCGGGUUCGGUGCAGCGUGUGUGUGCGUCUGGUUCCAAAACCGCCGGGCUAAAUGGAGAAAGAAAGAGAACACGAAGAAAGGCCCGGGGCGGCCGGCUCACAACUCGCACCCCACGACGUGCAGCGGGGAACCCAUGGACCCCGAGGAGAUCGCCCGCAAAGAGUUGGAGAAGAUGGAGAAGAAGAAACGCAAACACGAGAAAAAGCUCCUCAAAAGCCAAAGCCGCCACCUCCACUCGCCCAGCGGCCUCUCCCUGCACAGCACGCCCAGCUCGGACAGCGACAGCGGCGGCGGGGGGGGCCUCUCGCCCGCCCCACCCGAGGCGAAGCCCCGCGGGCAGCCCCCGCCGCCCCACCCGCCGCCUCCCGCCGCCGCCGCAUCCUCCGAGCCGCCCCCCAGCAGCUGCGACCAAACGGCAGAGCCCUUCUACCCCAGCCAAAGAAGCGGGGCCGGCCGGCUCCAGCGCCCGCCCGACAAGGACUGUGCGGCCGCCCCGUCGGGGGACGGCAGCGGCGGAGCGGGGGGAACCCGGGGAGCCGGCAGCUUCCACAAGCUCAACCCCUUCAGCGUGGAGAGCCUGCUCUCCGACUCGCCCCCCCGCCGCAAGGCCGCCCUGGACUUCCCCAGCCUCCAGCCCUGCGCUCCCCGCACCCUCAUCGGCAAAGGACACUUCUUGCUCUACCCCAUCACCCAACCCCUGGGCUUCAUCGUGCCGCAGACCGCACUCAAGGCGAACCCGGGCCCCGAGGCGGGGCAGCCCCCACGGGACUCCCCGCUGCCGGCCGCCAACCCGGGCCCCCCCGCUUUCAGCGCCGAACCGGCGCCCGCCGGCGCUCAGCCCGGCCCCAGCUCCACGGACACUGCCGCGGGCCCCGCGCCGCCCCCUCCCGCCGGAGCCUCGCCCCGUUCCGCGGCCGCGCACGGCGAUCCGGCGGCUGCGGCUCCCGCGGAGGGCGGCUCCUUCCCCCGGCCCAAAUCGCCGGUGCGGGCGCGGGACGGGAGCGCGACACCCAGGGAUAAAUCGGACUGCGGCCCCGCGGAGGUCGGCGGCCUCGACGGCGAGGAGGUGGACAUGGACUGAGCGGGCGAAAAUCCCAACAAACCCGACAAAAACAAACAAACAAACAAACAAAUCCAACAAAACCCCACCAAAAAAGCCAACAGCAAAAACGAACCACAUACACACACACGCAGACACACAAAACCAACGUCAAACCGAACAAUAAUAACGAAACCACCCACCCGACAACGCCAAACACCCCUCCGCCCGUCGUCAGUGAGAAACGGGGGUUGGGGGACCCGGGGGGGAAACGCCUCCCCCAUCCUUCGCUGCCCGCAGCAUCGCCGUGCCCACAGCCGGGCGCCCGCGGGGGGCGGAGGUGCAGCUCUCCCCCCUUAGCGUUUGUCACACGUCGAAUCAGGUGAUCAGUUCGAGCUUUUCGGGUUUUAUAUUUAAAAAGGAGAAAAAAAAAAAAAAGGAAAAAAAAAAGCGGAAAAAAAAAUAACAGGAAAAUAGUUUGUUAAGGCGUAGCAGCAGCGGCCGGACUUUGUGGUGUGACAAACUGUACCGCGACAACAACGGAACUCCUCAGAACCCCUUGUAAAAUGCAAAAAUGUCUAAGAAUAUUUAUAUAUGUAAAAUUUUUGAUAAAUAAAGGCUCUAAAACUCCC